CAAGGGAGGGGGCGGGGCUUAGUUUGAACUUCAGCAAAGAAAGGGAGUGGGCGCGCCAGUUUUGCAAGGAAAUAAGGGCAAGAGCAUGGCCUCCUUGGCUUGGCGGCAGCACCAGAUCCUCCCCGAGUUGGAGGAGAGUCCAGAGCCGGACCGGUUCCGAAAGAAGCCCUCCUUGGACCUGCGGCGCUCCCUCCGCAAGAGAAUGCCCCUCCGGGAAACCGGGGUCAAUUUCGCCGAAAACCCAACCUGGGAAAGCUUGGAGGCCAAGGAGAAGCCGGGCCGCCUCCGGAGCAGCCUCAAGAAGGCCUUUGGGACUGCCUCCCAGAAAAUCCAGGGCCACUGCCGAGGUCCGGCCCGGGCAUUAGUGGCCUCUUUGGCCAAGAUCCCAAACUGCGACCCCCAAGCCCGUUGUGCCCUUGGCCACUCAACCCCAACCUCCAGGGCUAGGAUGAUGGGCUCUCCCUCGUCCAGCGAAGGCUCCCCCCUUCGUCUCCAGAGGAACCGCCUUCCACCCCGGAGGUCCUUGAGGGCCGCUGCCUUGAGGAGCCCCUAUGCCUCUCCUGCCUCCGCCAUCCAAAGGAAACGAUCUGAUGACGGCUUGGAGAGCGUCUCCCGUGGCAUCCGGCGCCUCAAGCGCCUCUCCCAAGCCUUUAAUGACAUUAUCGUCCAAGAAGAAAGAGAGCAGGCGGUUUUCAACUACUACCAAGCCAUGGCCCGGAACAUGCGGAAGGCGCAACGCCGGACCCGGGUCCUGUCCCGAUGGGACUUCCGAAAACACGCAGAAAGGUGGCGGAGGAUCCGUCCCUUGGCCGAGUCCGCCCUGCACCGCUAACCCCCGCCUUUCCUUAUUUCUGCCUGUAAAUGCAUGUUUUGAAUUUUUUUUAUAAAACCCUGAAUAAUGGAAUAAACAAAACACUAAGUCAA